AGGAGGUUUCUUUCCCCAAAGACGGCCGGCGGCGCCCGGGGAGGAAUUAGGACGCGUGUGUGGAAAGUGCGGAUGCGGACGCUCGCUCCGCGCGCGGGGGGCGGGGCCUGCGCGGGACAAAGGGAAGCGAGGCCGGAGCUGCGGGCGCCUCUUCUGCCCGCGGUGUCUCAGAUUCAUUCUUAAGGAACUGAGAACUUAAUCUUCCAAAAUGUCAAAAAGACCAUCUUAUGCCCCACCUCCCACCCCAGCUCCUGCAACACAAAUGCCCAGCACACCAGGGUUUGUGGGAUACAAUCCAUACAGUCAUCUCGCCUACAACAACUACAGGCUGGGAGGGAACCCGGGCACCAACAGCCGGGUCACGGUAGGAGAAUCAACUAUUACAGCAACCGGCAACCAACUGGAAUUGACCAGAAAUGCCUUCAGAGCAUCCUCUGGCAUUACGAUUCCAAAACCCCCAAAGCCUCCAGAUAAGCCGCUGAUGCCCUACAUGAGGUACAGCAGGAAGGUCUGGGACCAAGUGAAGGCUUCCAACCCUGACCUGAAGUUGUGGGAGAUUGGCAAGAUCAUUGGUGGCAUGUGGCGAGAUCUCACCGAUGAAGAAAAACAAGAAUAUUUAAACGAAUACGAAGCAGAAAAGAUAGAGUACAAUGAAUCUAUGAAGGCCUACCACAAUUCCCCCGCAUACCUUGCUUACAUAAAUGCAAAAAGUCGUGCCGAAGCCGCUUUAGAGGAAGAGAGUCGACAGAGGCAGUCUCGCAUGGAGAAAGGAGAACCUUACAUGAGCAUCCAGCCAGCUGAAGAUCCGGACGAUUAUGAUGAUGGCUUUUCAAUGAAGCAUACAGCCACCGCCCGUUUCCAGAGAAACCACCGCCUCAUCAGUGAGAUCCUCAGUGAAAGUGUGGUGCCAGACGUUCGGUCGGUUGUCACAACAGCUAGAAUGCAGGUCCUCAAACGACAGGUCCAGUCCUUAAUGGUUCAUCAGCGAAAACUAGAAGCUGAACUUCUUCAAAUAGAGGAACGACACCAGGAAAAGAAGAGGAAAUUCCUGGAAAGCACAGAUUCAUUCAACAAUGAACUUAAGAGGUUGUGUGGUUUAAAAAUCGAAGUGGAUAUGGAAAAAAUUGCAGCUGAAAUUGCACAGGCAGAGGAACAGGCUCGCAAAAGGCAGGAGGAAAGGGAGAAGGAGGCAGCAGAGCAAGCCGAACGCAGUCAGAGCAGCAUUGUUCCUGAGGAAGAACAAGCAGCAGAUAAGACUGAAGAGAAGAAAGAAGCUGAGAACAUUCCGAUGGAGACAGAGGAGACACACCUUGAAGAAACCACAGAAAGCCAGCAGAAUGGUGAAGAAGGCACAUCUACUCCGGAGGACAAGGAGAGUGGACAGGAGGGGGUGGACAGCAUGGCCGAGGAAGGGACCAGUGACAGUAACACUGGCUCCGAGAGCAACAGCGCCACAGUGGAGGAGCCUCCAACAGAUCCCAUACCGGAAGAUGAGAAAAAGGAAUAAACGAUGCCUUGUUUUAUGUAUUCUAAAUCCUUUUUUAAAUGAAAAAAAAAAUGUUUCUGAGUUUUAA